GAUUAUGUGUGGAUGGACCUCAAAACUGGUCGGGAAUUCGAUGUCCCCAUUGGAGCAGUGGUUAAACUCUGUGACUCUGGGCAGAUCCAGGUUGUCGACGAUGAAGACAAUGAGCACUGGAUUUCCCCACAGAAUGCCAGCCACAUCAAACCCAUGCACCCAACCUCCAUCCAUGGAGUAGAGGACAUGAUCCGCCUUGGGGAUCUGAAUGAGGCCGGAAUCCUCAGGAACCUGCUGAUCCGCUACCGGGAGCACCUGAUCUAUACAUACACUGGUUCAAUACUGGUGGCAGUAAACCCCUACCAGCUCUUACCCAUCUACUCACCGGAGCAGAUACGCCUGUAUACCAACAAAAAGAUUGGGGAGAUGCCACCACACAUCUUUGCAAUUGCUGACAACUGCUAUUUCAACAUGCAGCGCAACAACAAGGACCAGUGUUGCAUUAUAAGCGGUGAAUCAGGAGCAGGGAAGACAGAAAGCACCAAACUGAUUCUGCAGUUCCUGGCUGCUAUCAGCGGUCAGCAUUCCUGGAUUGAGCAGCAGGUCCUGGAGGCAAAUCCCAUCUUGGAAGCUUUUGGGAAUGCAAAGACAAUCCGUAAUGACAACUCCAGCCGAUUUGGGAAGUAUAUUGAUAUCCACUUCAACAAGAGGGGAGCCAUCGAGGGGGCAAAGAUUGAACAAUACCUACUGGAGAAGUCCCGGGUCUGCAGACAAGCCCAGGACGAGAGGAAUUAUCACGUGUUUUACUGCAUGCUAAGAGGAAUGACAAUGGAGCAGAAGAAGAAACUGGGUCUAGGGAAAGCCACUGACUACAACUAUCUUGCGAUGGGUAACUGCACCACCUGCGAUGGUAGAGAUGAUAGCAAAGAGUAUGCGAAUAUUCGCUCUGCAAUGAAGGUCCUUAUGUUCACCGACACUGAGAACUGGGAGAUCUCCAAGCUGCUGGCUGCCAUACUGCACAUGGGGAACCUGCAGUAUGAAGCUCGGACCUAUGACAACCUGGAUGCCUGCGAGGUUGUUCAGUCGACAUCAUUAAUCACUGCAGCAUCAUUGCUGGAGGUUGACCCUCAGGAUGUGAUGAACUGCCUUACCAGCCGUACUAUAAUCACAAGAGGUGAGACCGUCUCCACCCCCCUCAGCAUGGAACAAGCGCUCGACGUGAGGGAUGCUUUUGUAAAGGGAAUUUAUGGGCGGCUUUUUGUGUGGAUUGUGGAGAAGAUCAAUGCUGCAAUUUACAGACCUCCUUCCCAGGAACUCAAAAGUGUCAGGAGAUCCAUCGGCCUCCUUGACAUCUUUGGCUUUGAGAACUUCACUGUGAACAGUUUUGAGCAGCUUUGCAUUAAUUUUGCUAAUGAGAACUUGCAGCAGUUCUUCGUGCGCCACGUCUUCAAACUAGAGCAGGAGGAGUACAACCUGGAGAACAUCAAUUGGCAGCACAUUGAGUUCACUGACAACCAGGACGCCUUGGACAUGAUUGCCAUCAAACCGAUGAACAUCAUCUCCCUCAUUGACGAGGAGAGCAAAUUCCCCAAGGGAACAGAUUCCACAAUGUUACACAAGCUGAACUCCCAGCACAAGCUGAACACCAACUAUAUUCCACCGAAGAACAACUAUGAAACCCAGUUUGGUAUUAACCACUUUGCUGGAAUUGUUUACUAUGAAACGAAAGGUUUCUUGGAGAAAAACAGGGACACGCUGCAUGGAGACAUCAUUCAGCUGGUGCAUUCCUCAAAAAACAAAUUCAUCAAGCAGAUCUUCCAAGCAGAUGUGGCAAUGGGAGCGGAGACGAGGAAGCGCUCGCCGACGCUCAGCAGCCAGUUCAAGCGGUCCCUGGAGCUGCUGAUGAGGACUCUCAGUGUGUGCCAGCCCUUUUUUGUCCGCUGCAUCAAGCCCAAUGAGUACAAGAAGCCCAUGCUGUUUGAUCGGGAGCUGUGUGUCCGUCAGCUGAGAUACUCAGGGAUGAUGGAAACAAUACGGAUCCGCCGGGCUGGCUAUCCCAUCCGCUACACUUUUGUGGAGUUCGUGGACAGGUACCGGGUGCUCAUGCCUGGAGUGAAGCCAGCAUACAAGCAGGGUGACCUGCGUGGGACAUGCCAGCGCAUUGCAGAAGCUGUGCUCGGGAAGGAUGAUGACUGGCAGAUUGGCAAGACAAAAAUAUUCCUGAAGGACCACCACGAUAUGCUGCUGGAGAUCGAGAGGGACAAAGCCAUCACGGACAAAGUCAUCCUCAUCCAGAAGGUAGUCCGUGGUUUUAAAGACAGGUCCAAUUUCCUGAAAAUGAGAAAUUCAGUCCUGAUGAUUCAGAGGUACUGGCGUGGACAUAACUGCAGGAAGAACUACGGUGCUAUGCGAAUCGGCUUCCUGAGACUUCAGGCCCUCUACCGAUCCCGCAAACUCCACAAGCAGUACCACAUGGCCCGUAGGCGGAUCAUCGAGUUUCAGGCCCGGUGCCGGGGCUACCUCGUCCGUAGGGCUUUUCGCCACCGCCUCUGGGCCGUCCUGACCGUCCAGGCGUACGCUCGGGGCAUGAUUGCCCGGAGGCUGUAUAAGCGCCUUCGGGGGGAAUAUCAUCGACGCCUGGAAGCAGAGAAACUUCGGCUGGCGGAAGAAGAACGACUGCGAAAAGAGAUGAGUGCCAAGAAAGCCAAAGAGGAAGCAGAAAAGAAACACCAGGUACGCCUGGCCCAGCUGGCCCGGGAAGAUGCAGAGAGAGAAGUAAAGGAAAAGGAGGAAGCCCGUCGGAAGAAAGAGCUGUUAGAAAAAAUGGAGAAAGCUCGCAAUGAGCCUGUGAAUGACUCAGAUAUGGUGGACAAAAUGUUUGGAUUCCUAGGGACAACCUCCUCUCUGCCUGGCCAGGAAGGACAAGCACCCAAUGGCUUUGAGGAUCUUGAGCGAGCCCAGAAAGAGCUGGAGGAAGAGGACCUUGAUGCUGCAUUGCCCCUCCCUGAGGAAGAGGAGGAAGAUCUCUCAGAGUACAAAUUCGCCAAGUUUGCCGCCACAUAUUUCCAGGGCACAACAACACACACCUACAUCCGCCGGCCUCUCAAGCAGCCUCUCUUGUACCAUGAAGAUGAAGGAGACCAGUUGGCAGCACUUGCCGUAUGGAUCACUAUCCUCCGUUUCAUGGGAGACCUCCCUGAGCCUAAAUAUCACACAGCCAUGAGUGAUGGUGGCGAGAAAAUACCAGUAAUGACCAAGAUAUAUGAGACUCUUGGGAAGAAGACCUAUAAAAAAGAACUGCAGGCGCUGCAGGGAGAAGGAGAGAGUACUCACAUUGAUGGGCACAAGAAGAAUAGUGUGCGGCACAAACUGGUCUCCUUAACACUCAAGAAGAAAUCCAAACUGACAGAGGAGGUGACAAAGAGACUUCAUGAUGGUGAGUCCACGCUUCAGGGUAAUAGCAUGCUUGAAGACCGACCCACCUCCAACCUGGAGAAGCUCCAUUUCAUUAUUGGUAAUGGCAUCCUCAGGCCAGCAUUAAGGGAUGAAAUUUAUUGUCAAAUCUGUAAGCAGCUGACCCAGAACCCUUCCAAAAGCAGCCAUGCCAGGGGCUGGAUCCUGAUGUCCCUGUGUGUGGGAUGUUUUGCUCCAUCUGAGAAGUUUGUGAAAUAUUUAAGGAAUUUUAUCAAUGGAGGCCCCCCUGGUUAUGCUCCCUACUGUGAAGAGAGGCUGCGGCGGACGUUUGCCAAUGGGACAAGGACACAGCCUCCUAGCUGGCUGGAACUGCAGGCAACCAAGUCCAAGAAACCCAUCAUGCUGCCUGUCACGUUUAUGGAUGGGACAACAAAAACCCUGCUGACAGACUCUGCAACAACUGCUAAAGAGCUCUGUAAUUCUCUUGCUGACAAGAUCAGCCUGAAGGACCGAUUUGGGUUUUCGCUUUACAUCGCACUGUUUGACAAGGUCUCUUCACUGGGGAGUGGCAAUGACCAUGUGAUGGAUGCUGUGUCUCAGUGCGAGCAGUACGCCAAAGAGCAGGGAGCACAGGAGCGCAAUGCACCUUGGCGGCUCUUCUUCAGGAAGGAGAUCUUCACUCCUUGGCACAACCCAAGUGAGGACAAUGUGGCCACGAAUCUCAUUUACCAACAGAUUGUCCGGGGUGUGAAGUUUGGGGAAUAUCGGUGUGACAAAGAAGAAGAUCUGGCAGAACUGGCUUCCCAACAGUACUAUGUGGACUAUGGAUCAGAGAUGGUGCUGGAAAGGCUGCUAAAUCUAAUUCCAUCCUACAUCCCAGACAGGGAGAUCACAGCUUCAAAAACAGUGGAGAAAUGGGCUCAGCUCAUCAUAGCUGCACAUAAAAAGGGAAUUUAUACUCAGAAGAGAACAGACCCCAAAAAAGUCAAGGAAGAAGUGGUGGAUUUUGCACGUUUCAAGUGGCCUUUACUGUUUUCUCGAUUUUAUGAAGCCUUCAAAUUCUCAGGGCCAAGCCUGCCUAAAAACGAUGUGAUUGUAGCUGUCAACUGGACAGGGGUGUAUUUUGUGGAUGAACAGGAGCAGGUUCUCUUAGAGCUCUCUUUCCCAGAGAUCACAGCUGUGUCAAGCAGCAGGCUUUGCCUCUAUCUGUUGAUGCUGUUAUCUUUCUUCUUUGUGUCUCCUGUGAAAAUGUAUCCUAGAGGGGGAAAGCUGCAAGGGCAGAGUUUCACUUUGGCCACCAUUAAAGGCGAUGAAUACACUUUCACCUCCAACAAUGCAGAGGACAUCCGGGACCUCGUGGUGACCUUCCUUGAAGGACUAAGGAAAAGAUCCAAGUAUGUAGUCACUCUCCAAGACAACCUAAACCCUGUGGGAGAAGAAUCUGGUUUCCUCAGCUUCCUCAAAGGAGACCUCAUAGUUCUGGACCAGGAUACAGGAGAACAUGUGAUGAACUCAGGCUGGGCUAAUGGGUUCAACGAGCGGACCAAGCAGAGAGGAGAUUUCCCAACAGAUUCUGUUUACGUCUUGCCUACAGUCACCAUGCCUCCACUGGAGAUUGUGGCACUGGUCACAAUGACCCCCGACCAACGACAAGAUGUUAUCAGAACCUCCCAGUUGGCAAUUUCAGACAGUGAAGAGAGGGUGAAACCAUAUACCUUGGAGGAAUUUUCCUAUGAUUAUUUUAGGCCACCUCCCAAGCACACCCUGAGCCGGGUCAUGAUUACCAAGAGCCGUGGGAAGGACAAGCUGUGGUGUUACACCCGCGAGCCCAUCAAACAGCCGCUGCUGAAGAAGAUCUUAGGCAGCGAGGAACUGUCCCAAGAAGCCUGCAUGGCCUUCAUUGCUGUGCUGAAGUAUAUGGGCGACUAUCCAUCCAAAAGGACUCGCUCUGUCAAUGAGCUGACAGACCAGAUAUUUGAAGGUGCCUUGAAAGCUGAGCCCCUGAAGGAUGAAAUCUACUGCCAGACCCUAAAGCAGCUCACAGACAAUCACAUCAAGUACAGUGAAGAAAAAGGCUGGGAGCUGUUGUGGUUGUGUACAGGCCUUUUCCCUCCAAGUAACAUUCUCCUGCCCCAUGUCCAGAGGUUCCUGCAGUCCCGGAAGCAUCACCCUUUGGCAGCAGACUGCAUCCAGAGACUCCAGAAAGCACUGAGGAAUGGCUCCAGGAAGUACCCACCCCAUCUUGUAGAAGUGGAAGCAAUUCAACACAAAACUACCCAAAUCUUCCACAAAGUUUACUUCCCUGAUGACACCGAUGAGGCAUUUGAGGUGGAGUCCAGUACAAAAGCCAAGGAUUUCUGCCAGAACAUCUCCAACAGGCUGCUCCUAAAGUCCUCUGAGGGUUUCAGCCUCUUUGUCAAAAUCUCUGACAAGGUCAUCAGUGUGCCUGAGGGAGAUUUCUUCUUCGACUUUGUCAGACACCUGACAGACUGGAUAAAGAAAGCAAGACCUGCAAAAGACGGUAUAGUGCCUUCCCUCACCUACCAAGUGUUCUUCAUGAAGAAGCUGUGGACCAACACAACACCCGGAAAGGACUCCAUGGCAGACUCAAUUUUCCACUAUUACCAGGAGUUACCAAAGUACCUGCGUGGCUACCACAAGUGUACACGGGAGGAAGUCCUGCAGCUGGCGGCUCUCAUCUACCGGGUGAAGUUUGAGGAUGACAAGUCCUAUUUCCCCAGCAUCCCCAAGCUCCUGAAGGAGCUGGUGCCUCAGGACCUCAUCCGGCAGCUCUCUCCAGAUGACUGGAAAAGGUCCAUCGUGGCAUACUACAACAAGCACGCAGGCAAAACCAGAGAAGAAGCCAAGCUUGCCUUCCUAAAGAUAAUCUUCAAGUGGCCUACAUUUGGAUCAGCAUUCUUUGAAGUGAAGCAAACUACAGAGCCAAAUUAUCCAGAGAUCCUUCUAAUUGCCAUCAACAAGCAUGGAGUCAGCCUCAUUGAUCCCAAAACCAAGGAUAUUCUCAUCACUCACCCCUUCACAAAGAUUUCCAACUGGAGCAGUGGCAACACGUACUUCCAUAUAACCAUCGGCAACCUGGUGAGGGGAAGCAAGCUGCUCUGUGAGACGUCCCUGGGCUACAAGAUGGAUGAUCUUUUGACCUCGUACAUCAGCCAGAUGCUAACAGCCAUGAGCAAGCAGAGGAGCGCAAAGGGUAGCAAGUGAACUGCAAGAAGCCAGUGGCAGGUUGCCAUGGGGCUAAUUCACCAGCUGAGGCUUGUGGGAUACCCAUGCAGCUGGGGGAGAACCUUUUCCUCUCAGAUGUGGAAGAUGAGCCGAACGCCAUCUGGGAGUUCGCUGGACUCAGACAUUGAGGGUUCAAGUACCACCUCCCCCUCCAGUGAAGAUGACUAUCUCUGACUUCGCAUCCUCCUUCCUCACCCUGUACUUUGACUCUGUGUUAAACCUCAAAGAUAUCCAGGUAACACCACGGCUGUCAGACAGGCUGAGCAAAGAGAUGCUGGCAGGAUGUUUGCCUGGAACCAAAGAGUUGGCAUUGCAAAGGCUCUGGGAAGAAGAGGGGAGUGUGUGUGUGUGUGUCUGAUGUGAGUGUGAUUUUUUGUUUUAAGUAAAGAGAGAACUAUCAGGGUGCUAGCGGGUUUUGGAGAGGCUAUGGGCAUUUCAGGUUUGAAGAGAAGUAACAGAGCCCCAGACUAUGCUGGAAAGAGAGCCAAUGAACACUGCAGGUGUUGUUUUUGACAUUACAGAAGAAUACAUUCUGUUCUUAAGAAGAACAGAAAGAAAAAGCUGGCUGAGAGGAUUGCAUUUAAACUAGGAAUCAGAAUAAACAAACCACUGAUCAAACAGACUAGAAUACUAAAGUGCUGUCUGUGCAAUGCUGGAAAUAUUUAAAGAACAAAUUUUAAAAGUUUCUUUUCUUCUAUUUAUUUUUUAAAAUAUUAAAAACAAAAAAUCCUGCAUUUCAUGCAAGUAUCUGGAUGCUGACUCGGGGCUGAGGGCGACUUGGAGGACUAUCUCUUGCUCAAGGACUCCUGCAGAGCCAAGACUGCCAGAGGCUGAAUGUAUGCAAGACACAUCUUUCCCAGCUCAUGGGCUCAGCUGGAAGUGAAGCUGGGAAGAUGAAUUCUCUCCUCUUGCCCCUUCUUUCCAGACCAAUUAGUCCUGGGAUGAUCUGUACCACAAGCUUCAAUAUGGAUGUAGGAGCUUUGAAGUAACCAUGCUUGGAAAACUGUGGCCAAGCCCAUGUUGUGUGAAAAGUGCUCUGAUCCAGACAGGGACUUGGUCAUCAGAGUUGGAAACAGCUAAUGAAUUUAUUAUGCUUUUGUGUGUAUUGCUCUUUGAGACAGCUCUUUACUGGUCCAGGCUGGAGCCUAAACACUCACAGUGAGGUCAGGCCCUUGAUUUCAAUGGGCUUUUUUUCAUCUUUGGUUUGCCAUACUAAUAUGGUUGUCCAGUCCUCUACCUGGCACCACACAGUGCAGACAAGCCACCACCACAACAGAGAUGGUUGUGGUCCCGGUGUGGGGCCCAUCAGCACAGAGAAAGCUAAAACCAUGCUGUGGCUGGGGGAAAGCAGAGAAAGGAGUGCAGGUGCCUCUCUGAAAUCCCGAGGCCCAAAGGAGCACGUGCCUGGGAACGUGGCUUCGGCAGAGAUAAGUGUCCACCAGGGUUUGGUGCUGGUUUCACUAAUGCUGAGCAGCUCUCAGUAGGCAUGGGAGAGCUCUCUUGGUCCGAUGAACUGGGCUGAGCUCAGCUACCUUCACAAAAGUCAAUAUUGCCAGGUGUUGUAUGCUGUCCUGUUGAACUCCAGUGAGCCUCACCCUGGCACUGAGCUGUUUCCUGCUGGUCUCCUCGUUUUCUCAGCCGCAAAUAGGCUGUUUGUGUGACCUUCCCAUUGACAGAGAGCCAUCAGAGAGGCUUGAUUCCCAAAUGCCAUGGUGUGCCAGCUAGCAUUAGCAUCUGCCUGCCAGAGCGUGAGGAUCACAGCAUCCAGCUGGGACACAGCAGCAACUCUGGACCUUGGCCAUUCCACCAAAGGAAAUGAGAUGCUGCACGGAGACAUCCACAAGCCAACAGGGCUUCUAGGAGGUCCCCUUCCUCUACUUUCCCCCUGUCCAGGUUGCUGUAGUGAAGGGAGUGUGGUUACACUGGCCAAGCCUCACAGGAGUGAUGAGCUGCCUCCCCAACACACAUCUCUGAUGCUACUCUCCCCUCCCCAGCUGCAGUGGUCCAGCUAUCCCAGGGAUCUCCCCCCACUACACAUGCUCACAUCACCCACCACCACUGGAGCCUCCUUUAGUCUCCCACCAUUCCUGCUUCCACAGCAUACUCAGUAGAUGAUGCAGCAUAGCAAUGUUUUCAAGCGCUAUCUCAGGCCAGCUUUCUCCAACAUCCUCCUCCCUCUACUCACAGCUCUGUGGGCCUCCCAUGCACCCCACCACAGUCCAAACCGUCAGGGUUUCAGAGGGGCUGGGACUCUGUGUGCGUGUGCGUGUGUGUCAUACCGUCUGUGUAAUAGCAUUUGCCGGCCUGUUUAUAUUCAUACCAAACAAUGUAAAACGAAAGCAUAUGUCCAAGUGAAAUAUUCUAAUUAAAAAGUAUAA